UGAUGUGCAGCGGAGAAUCACAGCUGAUGGUUUCCUGAUCUACAGCAUGGACGGUGUCUCUCAGAAGCUGCGAGAUGAAAUCUCAGAGCUGGUGAAGCCUCACAGAGUGUGUGUGGUCGCCCCCGUCAUCCUGAACGCCCCCAGCCAGCCGUGUGGUAAAUCUGCAGACCGGUUUGUGGUGCUGAGUCGGUGGAGAGGUUACCUGGUCACAAACAAGAACCCGCUCAAGGUGGAGAACACAUUCAGCUACCUGGAGAUUUCCUCCAUCAACAUCCCCAGCCUCACACAGGUGGUGUUGGAAGUGGACCAACAGAUUCUGUCCUUCAGCGUACUCCAUGUCACAGAUAUGGAAGCCAUGAUCAGUCACAUGACUGCUGCACUGAAGAGGAUUUUCCAUGAUUCUUCUCCACGAAAGCUUCUAAAGAUGGUUCCCCCAGAUCUGCAGGAGAGACUCCACACACUGAUGACCAUGGUUGAGGAGCAGCUGGACGGCCAGCCGGGCCCCUGUGGAGGAUUCUCUGACACGUAUGCUGCCCUGUGCGACUUAAAUGAGAUGGCAUUUAAGGAGGAGAUCCAGUGGGACAUUGAUAACCUUUACUACAUACAUCAGUGGAGGAAGUUCAACCUGCAGGACUUCAGCCACCUGGACAGCAGCGACUUGGCAUUGGCAGUGGCAGCUCUGUCAUUCAACCAGUGGUUUACCAGGCUCUGCUGCAAAGAAAUCAAACUGUCAGUUGAUGUCCAACAGCAGCUGACCUUCCUCCUGUCCAGCUCUCCAAGUCUGCAGGAGCUCUCUCUGGAGGACUGUGGACUCAAAGUAGAUUUUGCAGUCAAAAUGAGUGCAGCCCUCCGAGAGCACAAGUGCUCCCCCCUGCAGUCCAUCAACCUGUCCGGCAACCCAGUAGAAGACAAAGGUGUAAUGGCUCUAAGUCAGGAGUUACAACAUCUGGAUGAAGGAGUCAGUCAUCUUUCCCUGAGUCGAGUGUCGAUGACAGCUAAAGGUCUGGGAUGUCUUAGCAAGGUGUUGUCCUCCAAUCAGCUCUUCUCAACCUCCCUGACCCACCUGGACCUGUCUGGAAACUCGGGGAGCCUGGUCACUGAAGACGCUACGUUUCUCUUCAAGUUCUUGUCCAGCACAAACUCGCUGUCCCACCUGGACCUCAGUGAUACCAGCUGCCCCCUGGACACGCUGUUCGUGUCCCUGUCUGCUGGAUGUUGUUACAAGCUGGUCCACCUGAACCUGGCCAGGAACCCCUUCACCCAUAGAAAGGUACGGGAGGUGACGAGGAGCAUCCAAGAGUUCUUCGGUCAGAGCUGCCAGCUCAGAUAUGUGGGUCUGUCUGCAACCAGGUUACCUCCACAAGCUCUCAGGCUGCUGCUGCAGGGUCUGGCCACCAACACUCGACUCUUUGGUCUGGAGCUGGACCUCAGCAGCUGUGAGCUGCGUUCGGCAGGAGCUCAGGUGGUCCAGGAACACAUCUGUGAGGCGUCAUCCAUCAGCAGCCUGGACAUCUCUGACAACGGUCUGGAGAACGACAUGGUGACUCUGGUUCUGUCCGUCGGUCGCUGUCCGUCUCUUCGUCAUCUUUCUCUGGGGAGGAACUUCACCCUGAAGUCCAGAGCUCUGACUGACCUUCUUCAUCGUAUCGCUCAGCUCAUCCAGGAUGAGGAGUGUCCCCUCCAGUCUCUCUCUGUGUGCGACUCAAAGCUGAAAACAGGGAUGCACAUCCUGCUUAGCGCUCUUGGAGGACAUGCCACGUUGGUCGAGUUGGACAUCAGUGGGAACAACAUUGGAGACACUGGAGCCAAAAUGCUGGCUAAAGCCCUGAUCACCAACACCAGACUGAGGACAUUGUCAUGGGACAGGAACAACGUCACUGCCAGAGGUUUCCAGGAUGUGGCAGAUGCCUUAGAGAGGAACUUCACACUACAGAACGUGUCCCUCCCCCUGGCUGACAUCAUGCAAAGUUACCGGAGCAACCCCGAACGAACUAAAGAAACACUCCACAAGAUUCAGGCGUGUUUAGACAGAAACAACCAGAGACAGUCCAGCAGCAAGCAGCUCCAGCAGGUGUUCAAAAACCAACAGUCUGAAAAGGUUCUCCAGGGAAUGUGCCGGCAGUUGGAGGAAAGUCUUGACCGUUUGAGCCACUGCAGUACAGAGGAGGUCCAGAAUGACGUCCUGAUGACACAGGAAGUCCUGCAAAACGCCAGAGACUGUAUGAAGCUGCUUCCAUCUCUGUGUGAGGAAGGCAUGAAGUCUUCCUCUGAUGAAGACCAGAUCAAUGACAUCCUCUCUGACGCUGCUGCAGCUCUGACAGAGGAGCUCACCAGGAACAUGCAGGAGCUGGUUCAGGGUCUGAUGAGGCACGCCGAGGCAACAUGUCCACGUGUGGUGCAGCGGUCCAGCAUUUGUAAAUGUCUGUCAGACUCUGUGAACAAAAGAAGCCGGCAAGCUCACGUCUUCCUGAGGAACACUGUCGUGGAAACCACAGGCAAAGUCAUCAGUGCCAAGCUGUGUGAUCUGAGACAGACGUUAACCGACACUCUGGCUGAAAGUGUUGUAGAGCAGGUCCUGCAGGAUCUGACGGCAGCGCAGGACAAGAUGGAUUGUCUUGUUAAAGAAAAUUCAUGCAACAGAAUCAACAUCCCAGAGCUCCGACUGGGAGACGGAGACUUCCCCACUGAUGACUACAGUCCAGCGAUCUGGAGAAACAGUGUACACUGCAAGAGCCUGAGGCCUGCUGCUUCACUGAAGAGUCUCUUGGAUGCAGACUGGGAGCAUCAGAGCAGGGACCGACGAUCAGAGAAGCAGGGAGGAGGCAGCGCUGGAGAGGAGGACGGGGGAGGGAGCUUCAUCCUCCCACGGCUGCUGCCAGCCACCCCCCCAAGUCCCUCCCCUUCCACUUCCACUUCCUUGUCCCCCCCCCCACCAGCAGGCGGGGGGAAGAGGUGUAGGGAGGGGGAGGUGUCAGCGGAUGCUGCAGUAUCAGGAGGCAGAGGAGCAGUGCUCGUCUCCCCUCCCAGUCUCCCCCCUCCAGCUCCAGAGGAGGAGGCGGCCGGCUACGGACGCUUACACCGAAGACAGGCGCCCUUCCCCGGCUGCGGCCCCCUCCACGACCCCGGAGCCCCCUCUGCUCCCAUGGAGCCUCUACCCACUGGGGGCCACUCUCUCCGGCACUACACCGCUUCCCGUCCGCGGCCGCGGCGCACGCACACACAGCCCCCUGCCCCCCGGCCUCAGGAGUCCGAGUCGAAGGAAGAGAAGGAAACUGAUGAGGUGAUGGGCCGAGUAGACGAGGGUGUCGAGGAGUUCUUCACCAAGAAAAUCAUCCCUGACUAUGCACUAAAAGGCCAGUGGGAGGAGUCAAACCCUGCCCAAGCCACCCCCUCAGAGUUAAGCCCCACCCACCCAGCCUCCACCUCUUUUUCCUCUUCUUCUGACUUCAUCACCUCAUCCAUCCCUGUCACCUCUCCUGUACCUACCGACACGUCCAUCACAUCUCCUGAUACCACUCUCCCUGCCACGUGUCCCUCUCACCCCACCUCCACUGCCAUCACCACCACCACCACCUCCACUCUUCCCACCAAAAAUAUCAAGAAAAAGUUUGGGGAUUUCUUCGCCUUCAAGAGGGCUCGAACCGGCCGAGUUGCGAAGGCAGGUGGGGGAGAGGGAGGAGGAGCAGAGGGGGUGAAGGUUAAAAGGACCUCCAUCGCAGAUCUCAUCCGACCCCUCCGUGAGGCCAAGGAAAGGGAAAGAGAGAGGGAGAGGGAGAAGGACAGAGAGAAGGAGAGGGGGGAGAGGUCAGUGGAGGAUGCUAACGUUUGUAAUGAUGCCACCACCACAGAAGGAACCGCCGCUGCCAGCCGCCAUCUUGCCGGCGAGGCGACGGAAACUACGCCACCUGUGGUAAUCACCACAACACCUCCCAGUGAGACCGCAUCCUCCUAUCCCACCAUCACCAUGAGCCCUGACCUCAGCAGGGGCCUGGCAGAAUCUCCUGUACUGCUGGGUCUCAGCCAGAGUCCUACAGGGACUUCUUCUAGAACUGAGCUGGACACGCAGUCAGGAGGAACCCCGUCUGGAGAGAAGAGGCUCAGGGUGACCAAGAGACUGAGGGAGGUCAAGAGCCAGAGUCUGAUCCUGCUAACAGGACUGGAGCCUGAGGAUAAGGACAACACACCCAGUAAGAAACAUGCAUCUGAGAGCUCGAGUUUUGAACAGAGGCUUCAAGUGAUGCUGCACAGGAUGGGUGUGACCAAAAGUCCACCUGCUGACACCAAGGCACGCCAGAAUAAAGACGAGGAGCUGAGAAAGGCCAACUCUGAAGGAGCAAUCCUGGACCGACAUGAUCCCCCUCCUGCACACACCAAACCCAGAACCAUGUCCAGCUCAUCAGCUGAGCCAAGGCAUCCCACGAGAGCACAGGGUCCCAUCCCACCAGACCCUGUCCUCCUGCCAAAGCCUCCCAUCCCCGGGCGGCCUGCAGGCUUCCUGCCUCCCAAACCUGCCGUCGCAGCUAAACCAGCCCUCUCCACCGCUGCAGGAGCUACGCCUCGUCCCUCCUCUGCUCCUCCUUCCAGCACUUCCACACAGCAUCAGGAUGGAAGUCUGGAAGGAGAACAGGGAGCAGCCCCAGCUCUGCCCCCCAGGAGAGAAGUGUUACCUUCACCUCCAUGGACGGCCGUCGGUGCACAGCUUCGCUCUGAGAAAGCACAAUCAGUGACUGAGGAGAGUCUCCCGAAGCCUCGGCAGCACCUGAAGCCUCCUCCACAACGCCGAGCUGUGUCUGUACACGAGGACACUCUGGCCAUGACACAAGAGCUUAAGGCAGUCUUACAGAAGUCGCCCAUCCGUUUCCAAGGAAACAGACGAAAUCUGCCCUCGUGCAGAGAAGAUGAAGCACAACAAACUCAAGAUAGUUGCACAGGACAACAGACGGAUGAAGACACAAAGGAUAAAGAAAGGAUUAAAGACUAUGGAAGAGCAGGACUGAGGAGCCAGCACCCACUUCCAGGAGAGGAACGACCUCCACCUUCAAGGUGUGCUUCCACUCUACAGGAAGUGAUGCUGCCGUCUACCUUGGAGAAGCCUCCAGAACCAACUCAAGCCCUGCAGAAGUCUCCUGUAACCCCAACUUCACAGAAAAAGAGCCCAAGCACAAUCUCUGCCCCCCGGACUCCAGAGAGACUGCAGGUCUCCUCCCCCACCACAGCCCCAGCGUCCCCUAGAUCCCCAGAAGCCCCCCAGGUGGGACCCCUGCCCCACCUGAAGGAUAGGAGUGGCAGAACAGAGCGGAGAGGAGAAGCGGCAUCUCAUCGGAACACAACAACACCAGAACCAGCCCACAGCAAAACCAGCAAACACCACGACUGACUGACAACUGGGAAACGUGCAGUAAGGGGAGGGGCAGCCCUGCACCAAGAGGGGGGGGACUGCAGACACAUGUGUCAGGCGAGUUCUCCCUAAACUCUGACAAUGAACAUGCAGGGAGCAACAAACUUAUCAAUACUAGUUUGAAGGGAGCUCAUGGAUUUUAAUAUGGCAGGUGCCAUGAAAGAAUUUGAAAGCUAUCCUUUUUGCCCAAAAUUAUUCUUCACUCCAAAAUAUCCAAAUUAUCAUCCACAGCUGCACGAAGACGGUGUGGUGUCAGGUCAUCCGUGGACCAACAAAUCAUCAUCAUCUUGAUUUUCCUCUUUGGGCUCAGACUCAUGAUGUUUAAUCACUUAUUUUAAUACUGAUGUCCAGUGUUCUGCUCUACACCCCAAAUGUAAAGAAAGUUGGGACAAAAUGAAAAAAACUAAAAAGAAAAACAAAUGCAGAAAUUUACUCUGACGUUUAGUUCUCUGCAGAAAGCAUGAACCCAAGAUAUUUCACACACACUUCUUUGUUAACUUCCCACAAGGCUCCAUAUGACAACCUCUGCUUUAAUUCUACAUAAAAUUCUGCAUCAUCUGGUGUUAAUGAAUAAAAAUUCAAUACAAAAUUCAAAACUACUCCAAAUCACCAAGAAUAACUUAUUUGUUGUUAAUUAAAAUACAUUAAUUGCUGUUACUAUUAAUAUAAAUGUCAGUUUAUAUGCAGAUGACACUGAUUUAUGUCUCCUAAUCAGUAUUCCAGACCAUCCGUUGGGUGCUUUAUGCUCUGUAUCAUUAACUAGCCCAGAAUCCAGACUCUGUGAUUGUCUGGGGUUGGAUAAGUGUCCUUGGUAAAGCUCAUUUCCACGUCUGUGAUGGCAGCAUCAGUAUCAGAAUUGCAUGAAGCAUGUCCAGGAAUGUGUCUUAGAAGUUCACCAUCAAUGUCCUUGGUAGGUAAAAGUAAAACCUCUGGAAGCCGAGGUUCCGUUUCCUCCUGAGGUCCUGGGUGAUCCUCUCCCAGGACAGAGAAAGACUCCAUGUUGUUGACUGAGGGUUGGGGUUGGGUUCUUCCAGGAGUCCACUAGUACCUCCACUGGUUGCACUAGAACUCCAGGUGGUGAAUCUCCUGCGCUCCCGUUGUGAAUGCACGGAUGUCAGAGCUACAUGCUGCUUCCUGAGACAAAGAUAUCCGGCCGGUACAAUUGCACACCUGAGGACGAACGGGGGCAAAACUAACACCUGAAGACCAGAAUGGCUUUUAGAUUUUGUGAAAAGGAGUAGAAACACAACAAAGGCUUCACUAGAAGACGUUCUUGUGGAGGGUGUUGCAAGUCUGAAAUGCUAAAACUGAUGUUUGUUAACAAGUGAAGAACAGUUGUUGAGGGAAACGGUUCAUGUCUUAGCUCCAUACAGUCUGCAAACAACAAUGUCAAAGUAAAUGUAAGAAUCAGUGCUUUUUUUAUAUUGUCCUAACUUUUAUUGAUUUGGGGUGGUAGGGGGUUCUUUUCCAUGUCUGGUUGAACCUGUCAACAAGUCGGUGUUGUUCCGAGUCUAAAACCAGAUUCAUGAGCACCUGGAGCAUUAGUUUGUAGGCUCCUCAGACAGGGGCAACUCGUGAGCAUGUUUGUGAGUAAUAUUUGACUUGUCGUUUUCAUCGUUCUCUCGACACUGCAUUAUGAUGAUUUAAGGGGCUUUCAGGUGCGGUUUACUCCUCAAUGUGAAGAGAACAACAAUAUUCAGGGAACGGCUGCUUCCUCAGAAAUCUGCAGCAAUUCUGACAACUUUUUCAAAGGUUUAUCAAGAUGCAGCAUUGAUCUCUUUUUUUGAUCAAUGACAUAGUCGUUUUACUCUGACUCUGAAACUGUUAGAUAGUUUUUCUCGUGUGAGUCCUGCUCCUCACUCCUGUUACUGGGUUCCUGAUCCAAUCAGUCAGGCUACUGCCCGUCAUGUUGCCACGGCAACAGGUGCUUUUGUCUGAACUGAAUCUGGUCCAAGGGGAUCGAGGCAGACCCCGAGUGAGGAUAGUUGCUCAUCUAUGACUGGAGAUUCGAGGAACAAUCUGCAGAUGACAUGAAUACUUGUGGAAGCAGAAAGUCAUUUUUAAAGAUAAAAGUCUCUGUAAGCUCUUGAUAUGACGGUUCUUCCAGACCCCUAUUUAAUGCUGUUUUGCUGGUGCAACUCUUAAAAUGACAUUGAUAAGCCUGGAAACUGUGUAUAUGACAGUUUAGGGCAAUUCUGAACCUUUGAAAGUCUGAAAAAGCAGAAUAUCAGACAUUUAAACUCUUGUUUUUUUCUUCCUCAUUUAAAUUCCAAUGGCUCACUGGCCUUUAGUCACCAACAUUCAACCACCGAGAUCUGAGUCAGAAAACGUUGUCCUCGGUUUUUCCAUGCAUUAAUGCUAAUACUGAGUAAUUCAAAUGUAUUUUUUCCUUAAAGUGCAAAAGUCAAUGUUCACAGCAGAGAUUCCAUUCUCACUGAAAUGGUCAUGUUUUGACCGCAUUUUUGUUAUUUCCCUUUUUUAUGAGCUCACCGUUAUUGAUGAUUCUUCAGCAGCUCCAACAGCUGAGCCGAGCCAGCUGUCUUAGUGAAUGAGUCUUCACUCAGCCCCGCCCCUUGUAUCACAGGAGAUGGAGGGAUUAUUUUGCUCCUCCUUCGGUUCAGGGGGCGUUAUUGCUCUUUAUAGUUCAGCCAAAUCAUAGUUUAGCAGUUGAGCUUCAAGAGCCGGUUUCGGCAGCCAAGGCUGUUGCAGUUCAGCUGUUGCACAUUGUACCUGACCCGUAUGUCCCCUGGUGUCGGUGCUGGGCCCAUGCACCGGUGGGUCAUUUGGGCUGAAAUGGACCUUAAACCAG